UUGUGCGAAGUGAUUUGUUGGAAGACACACAAGCACACAGAGGCACCGAGAAAUGUCAAACACGAUCUAAUUACCCAUAUAUUUAUUGAAAUACCAUUUUCGUCCUUACAUUUAGUCUUAAAUUGUGUGUCGAGCAGAGAUGUUAGCUUAUAUAAUCAAAAAAAUCAUUUUUUUAAUCAUGUGCGGUGCUUUUUUGGGCAAUUUGUGCACAACAAUGUCAAUAAGUGAGAAAAAAUCGAAAGAAAGCCAAGCGAUAAAGAACUGUGAGCAAUUGUCAGUGAACAUAUUGCGACGACUGCACGGGCCAGCAUUUGAUGCUCGUUACAUGAGUAUAACGCAGCCAUCGGAUGAUGACGAUAGCAUAUCAGAUCCAUUGGAUACAACGGGUCGCAAACGAAAUGCCGAUUCGAAACGGCCAUCAUUCUACAUGACAGGUGAUCAUACUGAAGUGUUGAGUGAAGAACCGGCAUGGAACAUUGAAUGGGAAUCAUUUGAAACAAAAAUCACAAGUCAAAAACGCCGAAAACGAAGCCUAUUACCAAUCGGUGAGGAUCCAACCAAAUCGGUACACCAACAAUUGGAUACAUUGAACCGAAGCAAACGACAAAUUCGAGCACGCAACGAGCCAUGGCAAUGCGAAAGGAAGGUUAAAUGGAUAAACCUUGGAGACGAUUAUCAUCCGUCUCAUUUACGAAGUGUCGAAUGUACGCAGCCGAAAUGCUAUUACAAUAUGUAUGACUGUAAGCCAAGACAUUUUGCCGUUCGAAUAUUGCAGCGACGUCGAGGUGCGUGUGCAGACGCAGCCAGUCUCAAAACCUAUGGAUUUACGGGCGAAUAUGCUGAAGUUUGGGAAUGGGUUGAAGUGGCCGUCAAUUUCUGUUGUGAUUGUGUCGCAUCGAAGAAAUAUUAUUAGAUUUAGUCAAGAGGAGACGAGACGAGAAAAAAAGAACAAUGUUUAGUGUAUAGUUUUGAUUCAUUUUUUUAUGUGUGCGAUAUCUACAAAUAAGUUAAAAACCAAAAUAUACUCUGACGUAUAUUCAUGUUGAAAUGUCAAAUGUUUGAUAGGCUUUAAUGUUUGUUUAGUCUAAUAAAGAAUAAUAUUCGAUUUUUACAUGUCCUAUUCUGUACAUUCAUAGCGAAA